CAUCUACGUGCAUCCACAGGCAGCAGCUUGACAGAGAGCUCGAUCGAAAGCUAGAGAGAAAAGCUUGAGAGAGAGUUUGCUUGGAGAUUCGUGCAACCGAGAAAGCAAAUGGACCGCGUGAUGAAGCUGGCGUCGGAGCGGGCGGUGGUGGUGUUCACGCUGAGCUCCUGCUGCAUGUGCCACACGGUGACGCGGCUGCUGACGGACCUCGGCGUGAACGCGCUGGUGCACGAGCUGGACAGCGACCCCAGGGGCAAGGAGAUGGAGCGCGCCCUGCUCAAGAUGCUCGGCGGCCGUGGCCCGACCGUCCCCACCGUCUUCAUCGGCGGCAGGCUCGUCGGCGGCACUAACAUGGUCAUGUCGCUCCAUCUCGCCGGCGAGUUCGUCCCCAUGCUCAAGAACGCCGGCGCGCUCUGGUUGUAGACUGCGCGCCACCAGCCCACGUCGUCCACGCCACGUACGUGCGUGCAUGCAUGCAUGCAUGCGUGGGAAAAAUAAACAAAGGGUACGACGGAUCAGGGUAUGUGUGUGUCAAGGCCAGGUUUUUCCAGUCCUGUUCUUCAGACUUUCAGAGUUCUGACAGGAAUAAUUGAGGCAAACUAGCUUGCUAGCUUCAUGCCUUGUAGGUUGUAGCUGGUAAGCGAGAGACGGCCUAUGUAAUUUUCUCUCUCCCUAUCUCUCUUUUUUGAUGUUCUGUUCUAACUUUGCAAUGGUGCGUGCGUGUACUGAUCACC